AUGAGCGACUCUGAGCAUGGCCCGGCCACCGGCGACGAGGACGGCGGGGAACCCGAGGAGGAAGAGGAAGAGGAAGAGGAGGAAGCCGCUGCCGGAGAUGGAGACCCGGCGCAGGGGAGCCGGAAAGCCCGGGGUGGCCGCAAGGCCCGGGGUAGGCCGCGGCUCACGGAGUCCGACAGAGCCCAGCGCCGCCUCGAGUCUCGUAAGAAGUACGACAUGCGGCGCGUCUACCUGGGAGAGUCCCAUGGCCCCUGGUCGAACCUGAGGCAACGCAGCGGCUGGAGCGACGCCAAGCUGGCCGCGUACUUGCUGGGCUUGGAACGGGAGCAGCGGGCCGGGCGCCGAGGGAAACUCUGGGAGCAGCUGCCGUACGAGCCGCAAAGGAAGAAGCGAAGGCGGCGGAACGUGAACUGCCUGAAGAACGUCGUCAUCUGGUACGAAGACCACAAAAACCGCUGCCCCUACGAGCCCCACCUCUCCGAGCUGGACCCCACCUUUGAGAUGUACACAACGGCCGUGUGGCAGUGCGAAGCGGGCCACCGCUAUUUCCAGGACUUGCACUCGCCUCUCAAGCCGCUCAGCGACUCCGAGAACGAGGGCGGCCAUGCCGGAAGCUGCGGGAAUUCCGACGAGAGCUCCAGCUCGGAGGCCGAAGAGCGGUCAGAGGGCCGGACACAGCGGCAGCCGACAGAAAAUAAGGAGGGUGAGAGCACAAGCGGGCUCAUUACUCGGGACGGCAUCCACGUUCCGUUUGAGUACCAUAUAGAGAACCUGGCGUCAGAGCAGGGACCUGGCGUGUGCCCACCCCUCGGCGGCCCACAGACCAUGGAAACUGUGGUGUGCGUUCCGGUGCCGGUGCAGAUGAGUUCGGGCCACGGGACUCUCUUUGACAACGUGACACCAGAGACACUUAGCGAGGUGGUGGCCAGCUGUCCCGUCCAGGGUGUGGCGCAGGGCUCACAGGUGAUCAUCAUCGCCGGGCCCGGCUAUGAUGCCCUCACGGCUGAGGGCAUCCAGUUGAAUGUCACCAGCACAGGCGCAGAGGAGCUGCCCUGCGCCAUGAUUGAGGGCGUGGCGGCGGCCUACGCUCAGACGGAGCCUGAGAACGGACAGCCCAGUAGCAUGGAGAGUGUGGAAUACAUCGAAACCAAACGAGAAAAUGAGGAGCUUUUGGAGCUCAAAAAGGAGGAGCCCCAGCCCCUGGCGGAAAUAAGGACGCCCUGUGACCCAGAGCCAGACCCUGAGAGUGUGGGGCUGGAAGCAGAGGAGGAGACCGAGGGCAUCAACAUGUCCUCCAUCAUCUACGAGAUUCCAAAGGAGCCCGAGAAGAGGCGGAGGAGCAAAAGGGGCCGUGUGAUGGACGCCGACGGCAUGCUGGAGAUGUUCCAUUGCCCCUAUGAAGGCUGCACCCAGGUGUACGUAGCACUUAGCAGUUUCCAGAACCACGUUAACCUCGUCCACCGGAAGGGGAAGACGAAGGUGUGUCCCCACCCAGGUUGCGGCAAGAAGUUCUACCUUUCCAACCAUCUCCGGAGACACAUGAUCAUCCACUCCGGAGUCCGCGAAUUCACCUGCGAGACCUGCGGGAAAUCCUUCAAGCGCAAGAACCACCUGGAAGUCCACCGCCGGACGCACACAGGGGAGACGCCGCUCCAGUGCGAGAUCUGCGGUUACCAGUGCCGGCAGCGAGCGUCUCUCAACUGGCACAUGAAGAAACACACCUCGGAGGCCCAAUACAACUUCACCUGCGAGCACUGCGGAAAGCGCUUUGAGAAACUGGACAGCGUCAAGUUCCACAAGCUAAAGAGCCACCCGGAUCACAAAGCUGCCUGA